CUAGCUGGGUCCACAAGUUAGGUGCUGAUGUCGCUCAGUCUCGCUUAUACACAGAUAGGGGCUGAGGUGGCGCCAGGCGGCGCUAAGGACGGAGCCGGUGGUGUGGAAUGUGUGGACCCCGGCACCCCCACGGUGUGGGCUCUUCACACGCGCGACCGACUGCCCAUUGAUGUGCUCAAGGCGCUGCCCGCGGUGGUCAGGUCGUUGGGACGCCGGGCGGCGCCCUCCACCGGAGCAGCCGCCACAGCCGCCGCAGCUGCCGGCGGCGGCGGCGGCGCAGCAGGGGCUGCUGAGGACGGUGACGAAGAAGACGAAAAGGAGGGGGAGAAGGAGGAGGGCGGAGGCGGGGAGGGUGAGGGCGAGGGCCCGGAAGCGGAGGACGAGGAGGAGGAUGGCGAGGACGAAGGCGGUGGCAACCCCGCGGCAGUUGCAGCAGCAGUAGCAGCAGCUGCCGCUGCCCCCGCUACAGCCGGCGCCGCCACCACAGCCACAGCCACCUACCAGCUGCGGCCGCAGCAGCUGCCGGGCACCGCUGCUGCUGUCGCUGCUACAACCAGCGCCGGCGGCGGCACCGGCGCCUCUGCUACUGCCGCCGGCGCCGCCGCCGGUACGACGCUGCUGGCGGCUGUAGCAGACCGACUGGACGCUUUGACAGCGGCGGGCGGCGGCGGUGGCGGCAGUGGCAGUAGCAGUAGCGGUGGCGGCGGCAGCAGCGGCGGGCGGCCGACGGCGCUGGUGGUGGUGGCUAGCCUGCUUGAGAAUAUUCCAAACAUGGCGGGGCUGUGCAGGACUGCUGAGUCCAUGGGUGCUGAGGCGCUUGUGUUGCCCUCGCGGGCCGUGGCCAGCAACGACGCAUUCAAGCGCCAGGCUGUCACGUCCGAGCGGUGGCUGCCCCUGCGAGAGGUCAGCCCGCGCGACCUCCCCGCCUACCUGAUCGAGAUGCGGGCCGCCGGCUACCUGCUGGUUGGGGUGGAGCAGGCGGCGGGCAGCGUGCCGCUGCAGUCCUUCGCCUGGCCCUCCCACGGGCGUGUGGUGCUGCUGCUGGGCAACGAGCAGAGCGGCGUGCCUCAGCCGCUGCUGCCACUGCUGGACGCAUGUGUGGAGAUCCCCAUGCUGGGCGUGACGCGCUCCCUAAACGCCCACGUCAGCGGCGCCAUGGCGGUCUGGCAGUACGUGCAGCAGCGCGGCCGCCACACCGGUGCCUAGACUCCGCACCGGUUCGUUUAGUGCGGGCUGGUAUCCACAACCCCACCUCCCCACCCCCGGCAACGUUGUAUGGUAGUAGUACGGUGUGUGUGUGUGUGUGUGUGUGUGUGUGUGUGUGUGUGUGUCUUGUGCGGAUGCAGCGUCGGCGUCAUGAUUACUGGCUCUGGAUUUGUUUGUGGAUGUUGGGGGUUUCGCGGAACUCGCGGGUCAAGUGGACGGACGCGGCGGCGGCGGCACGUGUCAUUAGUGAAGCCGCCAUGUGGCCGUGUGACAGUACAUGAGUAGCAUCUCGAGUAGCAUAGUCAAAAUACCCAUUUCCGUUGCAGUUCUGGCGUCAUAAGGGCCCCCCGGGCCCGGGCCUCGGUUUCUGCAAGGACCUGCAAGCGCCGGAGCGCGUCGUGCACACCACCUUGUAACCACGCACAAAACACAACAGUACGGUACAUGCAGCUGCGCCGUAGGGGCGUCGGUGUGUGUGUAGCGGUCAGCGUGCGCGUAUAACCCCAGCACCACGCUGCCCUGGCGCCAGCGCCCCAGCGCCACGCUGCACUGGCGCCAUCAGUGCGCGUAGUAGCCCCACGGCCCCGGUGUAACGCGGCCAUCAGUUUUGAGCGACGGGCCCGGCGGCGCUUGGUACCAUAUGUAGCCGUAUGUAGCUGGAAGAGUGAGGAGUGAGGAGCGAGCUGACUGUGUUAGUUGAGGUCGGGCCUGAGGUGGCAUGGGGUUCUGGGAGGCUGGCAAUGACGUGAGCAUCAGUGGAGCCGAAGGGCAGACCCGCACCGGGAUCAUCCCAGUGCUCGUAUCUUCCAUCUAC